GGGAGGCCAACCGUAUCGCCAGUUCGUGACCGCCGCUAGCCCGAACCGGACGGAGACCACUGCACGUACGUGUGCCGGUGUGGUAGUGAGCACGGUCAUCAUCGUCAUCAUCGUCAUCGUCAUCGGCUCGAGAAACUCGACACCUACGUGCGACGACGGUGAGCAUACACACCUCGGGGUGCCAGCGCGUUGAUCGCAGUAGGCUUUACGCGGCAACUGGGUGCGUAAAGGAUGGGACCUGCCUUCUCUCUGUGUGCGUGUGCUGCGGAAUAGCAGGUUUGGACCGUCCGUCGGUUGCUGUGCGGGGUUGCGCUCACCACACGCAAAGCCACUCUCGAUCGUGCGCCAGGCCAAGAACUGUGCUCUCGCGUCUUUCUAUUGUGCCCUGGCAGCUUGUAAGCUUUAGCCUGUGCGGUACAUGCGUGCGUCAUACCACAUCCAGUUUCCGUUCCGUGUACGCAGUUUCCUCCCGUAAGUGUUGGCGGUAUUAAAAAUGCAUUAGAAGAAAAUCCGUGCUUUCCGUGUCGUGCAGUGUGUGGGGCUAUUAGAAUCUGUGCUUUGGUGCUUUAUUUGUUACAUAAAGAGCAGCAAGUGUGUAUGUGUGUGGGUGUGUUUUUUAACAUAUCAAACCCAGCGCCCAGUGCACAGUGUACCGUGUUUGCGGAAGAUAAUUAAAUUUGUCUUAGGUUGGUGUGCUGCUUCUCGAUGGAAUGAGAUGAAAAUAAGAAAGUAAACAGUGUCUGUCCAGUGGUGGAUGCUUCUCGCCUCAGCAUUGCCCGUGUAAAGGUGUGUAAACCGCUUCUUCUAAAAACGCUCGCACGCGAACGUAUGACACCAUUUGAAUGAACCGCACCCCGUUCCCGUCACUGCUGGUGCUGUCCCGCGAGUUAGACGACGACGAUCAUCAUUGCCGAUCGGAUGCAGCAUAAGACGGAGCAAACGAAAGAUCGCACCAUUCGCUCGGCUGCAUAGGAAGGAAACCCCCAGCGUUUGUGUGUGUAUUGGUUUCUUUUUUUACAUCUCAACCUGUACGAAACAUUAUAAAAUGAUGGCAGAACUACGAAGGAUACGAGCCCUGCUGGUGCCGCUGCUGCUAGCCCUCCUGGCAACGCUUACCGUGGCGGACGACUGUGGUCGGGACUUCCGGGGCAAGUGUAGCUGUGGCUACCAGCUGUACAACUACCGCACACAGUACGUGGUCAACUGCACCAACACCGGCUUCCGGGAUACGCUCGUGCUCGAGCGGCUCCCCAUCCAGACGGAGGUGGUCAUCUUUAACGGCAACUUUGUCGAGGAGCUGCCAUGGAACGUGUUCGGUGCACUGAACGAUCUCGUCAACCUAACGAUCGUCGACAUGAGCAACAACCACAUACACGAGAUACGGGGCAAGUCGUACCACCACGUGUCGAACGUACGCCGGCUCAUACUGAACCACAACAAUCUCAGCAUCUCCCGGUACGACGACGAGGAGUUUAAUCACCACCAUCCGCGCGUGUUCUCCAACUUUAUCAACCUGCAGGAGCUGCACCUGACCAACGCAUUCGCCGACAACACGUCGGCCGAACUGUCCGCCGAUCUGCACGACAUCUUCGUGAACAGCAAUCUCACCAAGCUGGUAAAGCUGCACCUGGAGCAGAACGAAAUUGUGCAGUUUAACGAUAAGCGCGUGUUCUGCGAUCUGCCGUCCCUGCUCGAUCUGCAUCUCGGCGACAAUCUGCUCACCGAGCUGAACUUCAACCUAAGCUGCAUGCCCCGGCUCCGCUUUCUCGAUCUCGAGCGCAACCGGUUCGAAACGGUGCGGACGCGCGAUCUGGCCCUGCUCGACGCGGUACAGGCACAGCCCGGUCGUUCCACCCCGCUGACCGUGGACUUUACGUACAAUCCGUUCGUGUGCGACUGCGGGCUGUACCCGCUGUACGAUUGGCUCGACCGCACGAACGUUACCGUGCGCAACCGGGACGGGCUGGUGUGUAUGCGGAAUCGGCAGGUGCGCGAACCGAUCCGCACGCUGAACGUGGGCCGCUGUCGGAAGCAGCUGACGGCGGUGGGUGGCGCUGGCGGUGCUACCGGUCACACUACCACGCUCGUGUUUGUGCUCGUCUGCCUGAGCUGUGUGCUGCUGGCCCUCGUCGGUGGGCUGCUGUACGUUAGCAAGGAUAAGCUGCGCGGUUUGCUGACACCGGUCGUCGAUUCGGUCUCGAAGAAGGUGCACUACACGACGAUCAAGGACGAGGAAGCGCCCGAGCAGUACGUAUGAUGCAGCGCAUCGAUUGACGUGCGGUGCAAUUUGCCACUACUGGAGCAUGUCUAGAUCCGCGCCGAUGAGCGGAAAGGGGGUGAAAACUGAACCGUGUAGACUAGUAGAUUUCGUUAAACAGUGUGGAAAUAGGGGAUUGAAGGAUUGCUCAAGCAGAGCAGGCAGCUUGGACAGACGGGAGGGAUAAUGGUCGUUAUGUUUCUAGUUGAAGGAUGUUACACGCUCGAUGCAAUGUUACUAGGUAAUUUGUUUCCAGCAGGAAGAAAAAGAAUAUCAUACAAAAAUGUAGACUUAUUUUCCAAAAAGGAUUGCUAGUAUGGUAAAAUAUUAGGCUGAGCUGUCAUGAAAAGUAAUGAUAAUGCUAAGAGGUUUAAAUGAUUGCAAGAAUUGUGCGUUACGUACCGAUGAGGGAAUGACUCGCGAAGGUUAAAAAGAAACACAUGUCAUCAUGUAGUUAUAAAUGGAUGUUUAAAAUGAUCUUUUUAAACACAUUAUGAUAGAAAGUUAGGCUGCAUUUAUUUGUUGAAUUUUUGGUAAUUUACUAAUAGUUAACACAUCCAUGUGCGCACAAUGAUAGAAAUCAUAGAGUCCCCAAAAUUAAGCUAGAUCGAAUGAUAAACACAUAGAAAAGGAAAUCCAGAUGAAUGUUAUUUUGAUAGAUUAUAACCAAAAAUUAAAAAAGAAAACGCACACACACACACAUCAAAGCAUAACAUAUCCAAACCGAUUAAUCGAAUGAAACUACUCGACAAAACACGAUCGCCCUGUGAUUAGCCGUGGUGUAACGAUUUCCAUUCGCCUCUUCCACGAAUGGUAUAAUAGGGAUCAUUCGCCAAAAUGUUUGAAACAAAAGCUAGAAACUGAUUUUCCGUUUAGUUAAACUGCUCUAACUGCUAAUGGCAAUUGACUGUUAAACAAAGUUUUGGGCAUGAAAGCGACUCUACAACAGAACAAAUACACUAUGAAUCCAAGCGAACAAAUUAACGAUAUCAAACUGUGCAGCACUGUAGAUAGUAAAACAAAAACAACCCGAUGGAAUUGUAGAACUCGUACGGAUGACGUACUCAGUAGUUGGAUGGAGAACGGAAAUGGAAAUCAAAGAGUGAUGAACAACACGGCUAAAAAACAACCCAUAUGCUCGUACUUAUCCCCUAGCGUUACGGAUGUAUUUGUAUGAUUGAUUAGUAGCGGAAUAGGACGGUAGUGAAAAGAAAACUUUUAAAUAAAGCCAACACUAACACUA